AUGCUGUCGUGCAGCAAGGUGGAAACGGAUAGCUACUUCGCCGCGGCCAACUUCCGCAGGUUCGUGCUUGGUCGCAACUUGACCGCAGAGGAGCCGUUGUACCUUGGGAGCUUGGCAUACUGGCAAGUACACUUCGAGCCCCGCAUCCUUUACAACGAGCAGGUCCAAUGUCUCAGCCGAGCUGCAGUGCUGCGAAUGGGUGCUGUAGUCAAGGCGGCGCCGAAGGCUGCAGCUGCGACCUAUGCGCGAUGCGAGGUGGCUCCUGGACAUCGUGGCGACAUCAUGAUGGGACUUUGCCUGGCUGAAGCGGGCAUCGGACCGCAUCCGGAUGUAACUGACCGAUGGGGCCGCGAGUACUUCAUGAACUUUCGCAUGGAGGACAUGGCUGCCCAUGCACCUGACAACGCCUAUGGGGAGCUCAUGGCGGACCCAAGGGAGAUCACCAGCAACGCAGCCAUCCAUUGGCGAGGAAAGGCGCAACUUGGAAAAGACUUGGUUCGAAGGCUUCUCAGGAGCAAGGGCUUUGAGGGAAAUCAGGCCCGUUUUGCGAGAUCGCACGGAGGUUCCCACAUCAUAUUCGUAGCUCAGCAGUUCACAGCCAACCCAGAUCCAAGAAUGGAGGCACAAUCUGUUGAGUGCAAUAAAAUCGCAGUCAUGGCACAGCAGUGUGCCGCGGAUGUUCGAGAAGUGACGAACCGGUAG